UUUUCUGUCAGAACGGAACGGACUGCCAGUCAGGCGCUUUGCCCUCUUGUACUUAGGGAGUCGGUGUCCUUUUAAUUUAGUCCAGUACUACAGUAGCGUUCUAGUUUUUACUGAAGUGAAAGUUUUAAAAACAAAAGAUUUAUAUUUGAAAUCAAGUUUGUGUGUUUAUUCAUUUAAAAGAGUAUCAAUACACAAUGAAUCCGUAUCAACAAGGCCAAUCGGGGUAUCCGCAACAGCCAUACCUACAUAACAUUGGAUUUAGCAACACGGCUCCACAGUCGUUUGGAAAUCCUAUGCCGAUGGCGGGUUUUCCCACAAUGGGCUAUCCCCCGCCACAGCCGGGAUACUCUGCGGCGUCCGGAUACCCUCAAUCUAGCCAGCCCUACCCACAACAAAAUACUGGGUAUCCUCCAAGUCAGGGCUAUCCAAAUAGUGCACAGGGGUAUACCCAGUCUUCUCAGGGAUACUCUCAAACUGCUCAGGGAUAUCCACCAUCUGCUCAAGGAUACCCACAAUCAGCUCAAGGAUACCCACAAUCAGCUCAAGGAUACCCACAAGCUCAAACAGGGUACCCCCAGGCAAGUCCAGGCUAUCCAGAGACCAAUAAAUAUCAGGGCUACCCACCCCAUAAUGAGUCUCAUGCACAAAGCCAACAAACUUACAGUGUAUCUUCAAACCCAGUGGCUAACACUACGAAGUCCAAACCGACCGUGGUGCCGGUGAAUCCUUUCGACCCGCGCGAAGAUGCGGCGGUCCUCCGCAAGGCUAUGAAAGGAUUCGGUACUGAUGAGAAGGCCAUCAUACAAGUGCUUACACGCCGCAGCAACGAGCAGCGCCUGCGCAUCGCAUUCGAGUUCAAGACUCUUUAUGGAAAGGAUUUAGUGUCGGACCUGAAGAGCGAGACAAGCGGCAAGUUUGAGGAUCUGUUGGUGGCGUUGAUGACACCAUUGCCUCAAUUCUACGCCAAGGAACUGCACGAUGCCACCGCUGGCAUUGGCACUGAUGAGGACGUGCUCAUCGAGGUCAUGUGUACAAUGUCCAACCAUGAAAUACACGUCAUCAAGCAAGCGUACACCGCCAUUUACGGGACCUUGCUCGAGGAUGAUUUGCGCGGAGACACGUCGGGUAAUUUCAAGCGGCUGAUGACGUCACUCUGUAUGGGUAACAGAUCUGAAGAUUUCCACGUAGAUCAACAAAAAGCUAGAGAAGACGCAAGAAGCCUGCUGCAAGCAGGUGAGCUGCGCCUGGGGACAGACGAGUCGGUGUUCAAUGCGGUGCUCUGCUCGCGUUCGUUCCCGCAGCUGGCCGCCAUCUUCCAGGAGUACCACUUCCUCACCGGGCAUGACAUCGAUGACGCCAUCAAAGCAGAAUUCUCUGGAGACCUGGAGAAGGCUCUACGAGCUAUUGUGAAAGUGGUCCGCAACAAGCCGCUGUUCUUCGCGGAACGUCUGCACAAGUCUAUGAAGGGUCUGGGUACUAACGACCGUCAGCUCAUCCGCAUCAUGGUGACGCGCUGCGAAGUCGACCUCGGGGACAUCUCCAACAUGUUCCAUUCCAAGUACGGAGAAACACUGCAGAGCUGGAUCGAGGGCGACUGUUCCGGUCACUACAAGAAAUGUUUAUUGGGUCUGCUCGGCCUUUAUUAAGCGGUCUUUUAUCCAGCACGCCACAAGACACAUGCAUAUAAUUUUAUCAUUCUCUUUUUUAAUUAUGCUAAUGCAUAGCCAAUUAUUUUUAAAAGCUAAUUUUUAUGUAA